AUGAGUUCUGAACGACUUAAAGGUCUCCUAUCAAUUACAGUUUUGAAAGCAAGUAAUCUCAUCAAAGGCGAUUGGCUUGGUGAAAACGACUGUUAUGCUGUUGUCUCUCUCGAACCACUCUCAUUCGAAUCGAAGGAAAAAUCCAGAAAUAAAGAUCAUCAAACGGAAACUCAUCAACUGACCCAAAUUCAUGAUGGAUCGAACCCAAUCUUCAAUGAAAAACUCAUUUUUCCCGUUGCGGAUAAACUGGACACAUUAUAUAUUCAAUUAUGGGAUUCCGAUCCGGAUAAAGACGACCUGUUGGGACAGGGAUCAUUAAGUUUACUUGAUGAUGAACAAGGCGGUCAAUUUGAUACAAAUACCAAUAAGCAAUGGCUUCAUACAAGUAGUAUUUCAUUGACGACGGAGAAAGGAAAGGCCGGUGGAUCUGUUGAUCUUGUCCUUCAUUACAUUCCUGAAACCAUCGCUGCUUACAUGGAAAAGAAAUUCGAUGCUGCUCAAGCAGAAAUGAAGAAAAAACUAACGCAAAAAAUUGUGUCGAAAGUGACGGACGCUGCAUCGGAUAAAAUGUUUGGUUACAUGGGAAUUGGAGAAUAG